GAGAGCAGGAUGGAGAGAACAUACAGCAGUAAUGGAUCAUCCAGAGUAAUCAGCUGAGGUGUUACUGCAGCGUUCAGGGAUUCUGACCCAAUCGUGUUUUCUAGUAGUUACAGAGGGUGGAGCCUGAUGUGAAAAACAAGAAGUGUCAGCAACAGCUACAUGUUCAGGAACGAGAGUGAAGCAGAGACGGACAAGUGAGUCCAGAGCAUCAGAACCUCAAGAUGGACGGAGUGUGUGAUGAUGACCUCUGCUGGCUGCACAUUGAAGACUUCAGGAUGCUCCUGGUCAAAACCAUUGAGCCAUCCAGGAUCACUCCUUACCUACGCCAGUGUCAGGUGAUCAGCGCUGAGGAUGAAGAGCAGCUCUUCAAUGACCCGACCCUCGUCAUCCGGAGGAGAAAAGUAGGAGCCCUGCUGGACAUGCUCCAGAUGACAGGUGAGAAAGGUCACACCGCCUUCCUGGAGAGUCUGGAGCUGGACUACCCUCAGGUGUACAGCCGGAUCACGGGGAAGGAACCCAACAGGACCUUCAGUAUCCUCAUUGACACAGCAGGGGAAUCUGGUCUGACGCAGUUCCUGAUGUCGGAGCUCGGCCGCCUGCAGAGGGCGCUACAAGACGAGAGGAAGCGCCGCCAGCAGGCCUGCUCUGUGGCCAAGGAACAGGAGGCAUUCUCUCGCCAGCAGAAGCUCAAAGAGCGCGAGCUGAAGAAGCUGAGUGAGCGCGUGCAGAAGAUCCGGGAGGAGCGUCAGCGGCUGUGCGAGGAGCUGAAGCAGCUCAGAGACCACAACUACAGCCUGAUGGCCGACAUCAACACACUGAACCAGGAGAAGAGCGCUGCCCAGCUGGCCAACAGAGACUUACAAAUAGAGGUGGAGCGUCUGAAGCACACGUUACUGCGAGCAGAGAACCAGACUCGGCUGCUGAGGCGACGGACAAUGAGAUCAUUGCAACAGAGCAGGAACAUGGCUCCUCCCCCAGAUACCUCCUUCCACAUGCCAGAGGAGCAGAAAGAGGAGAAGCCAAAAGAGAUGCCGAACCUGCAGAAGAGUCCAACUCUUCCUCCGAUGAACCUCCUUGCCAACGUGUUCAGACUGAAGAGAGAACUCCACACUGCGGAGGAGCAGAAGGCCAGGAGUUUGGAGGAGAAGGAGGAACUGGAGUUGCACUGUGUUCAGUUGAAAGGAGAUGCCAAAAUGUUCCAGCAGCAGAACAAACAAACCCUGCGACAGCUGGACGAGGUGAUCAAAGAGAGGGACAAGGCACUGGCAUGGCAGGCGCAGCUGCAGGAGGAGGUGCGGCUACUCCUGCAGGAAAAGGACCAGCACAGGGAGGGCGUGAGACAGCUGAGUGAGAAGAGCGACAGGCUGGAGCUCCAGCUGCUGAGGUCACAGGGGGAGGAGCUACAGCUGAGGACACGCCUCCGUAAAAUGACCUUUAACUCUAGCCAGUGUGAGAAGAGUGUGACCAGCGAGGACGAGGACCCCACAACGAGUGCCACUAAAGGCAGCAGUGAGGAGGUGCACAGCGGGAUGUCAGGGGAGAACAAGGAGCUGCACAGCGGGAUGUCAGGGGAGACCGAAGACGUCCACAGCGGGAUGUCAGGAGAGACCGAGGAGGUGGCAUGUCCUGUAGGAGGAGUCAGCGAGUCUGAGCAUGGGCCUCCAUCCUGGGAAGAGCAGAGUGACAGCAGUUUUGCCCCUGAAGGUCGUCAAAACUUUUUCUACCGCAGGAAGCGGGCCCUGAGAUCAAAGUUCACCAAUGUGGGGAGCGGAGCCAGCAACUUGGACGACAGCAGUGGCAGUGACAUCACAGAGUCGGACUGAAAGCUGGAGGUUUACAGGAGAUAAAUAGACCUGGCAGGAAGUGAACACCGAUCAUCAGAUUCAGGGAUGAAGCAAUCUUAUUUUGUGAAUCGGGUCUGAACUUCCUGUCUUACUGAAGCCGAGUUCAAUUCAUUGUGUUUCCGUACGUGGCGGACAUGUCCGACCUCAAGCUGUCAAGCAGGAAUCUCAGACCUGGACACGACGGAUGCAGGUGGCUGUUUAUGUGAACAUCAGCCGCACAGUCGACUCCAGUUUUCUGCUUGUUUGACUGAAAUGUUUCAUCUUUUUAUCGCUGUAAUAAAAAAACU